AUGGCAUACGCUGACGAGGAUGAAAUCGACUGGAGCGACGGCUCUUUCGGCGCUCCAUCUCGAAUACCGAUCGAUGCUACACCAAGUUCAACUACUCACAACCCAACUGCGGACGCUCAUGAGGAUGAAGAUUCACUCUUCGUGUCGGAAACCUACGAUCCACACCGGAUACCCAGUGGUUCUACACUUGCAGCUGCUCCUGUGAACAGCAAUGACACAUUCCAAAACCCUUCGCGUGUCCAACGAGCUCGAGCCGGUGUUCACCUGAACCGUCGAAUACCCUCCAAGGCGGACUACGUGAACUACGUCCUUUACCAAGCUAGCCAGAAGGCUUACGAAGCCACCUUUCUGAACAACUUCGUAGCGCAUGCCCUGCAUCCCGACCGCCUCGCUCAGUGUUCUGAAGAUGCAAACAGCGGCCGCCAAAGCAUCGCCGAGUACAUGAAGUCUGUAUCACAUGAGGUCAACGGUAUCACGAAGAAAAUGAUCUGGAAUGGCCAUUGCCGCACUGUACACCUUCUCGCUGGAGACGGCAUGGAUGGCGCGCCGUUCCUCGAUCUACAUACUCUCGACACCAGACCCUUCUCGAAGUACGGUCCUGGCAAUCUCUUUCCCGUAGCAGACAGAGUCAACGUGUCUUGGCACCGUACCAGCUCCCAUCCUUCGAUGGUACGAUACUCAACCAAGGAGUACGAACUUGGCUACCAGGCCGGUCCAUUGGAGGAUCUCGACGCUGUAUCCCAGACACUGUUUCGAAAGGAGAACUUCGGUGUAACUUUGCCGAUCGGACGUGCCGUCAAGCUGUCAACAUCCAAGAAGCGCAAAGGUCAGAACAUGCCUGGAGCAGCAACCAGAGAUGACAGAAUGGUCUCGUCUCGUCGGGACUGGAUUCCUUUCCCGCAGCUGGCCACAAUGUCGGACUUUCACGACCCUCAAUCCAUUACAAGCACUCCUCUCGAUAUCGUUCACGAAGCAAACGCGGCUGAUGCCCACCAAGAACCUCGGAUACUGUCAGAUCUCAGCAGACUCUAUCACGACUCUGUAGAUGCUCUGUCUCCAGAUCUUGGACAGGAAGAAGAACUACAUCGGCCUUUCCCUCGUUACGCAGAGCUAUUAAUUCCCCAUGAUCCUGAAGUACCGAUCAGCGACCGUGGCGGUGCAUGCAAGCAGGGCAACAGCACCGAGCACGUAGAGAAGGUACACCACUGGCGAAACAGGCUGAUCAAGGAUCACAAGCGCCGGCUGACACUUAAGUGGGGCAACCCAUCGCAGGCUCUCGAUCAUGCAUUCCAGAACUUCAAGCAAGUUGUCGCAGCAGCCAUGUCUAUGGGUAUUCGUCCCAUCGCCCACGACUACCAGAAGAAGCUCGAAGCCAUCGCAUCCAGAGAGCGACUUCAAGAGCAAGCGGGAAUUUCUGCUCGGUCACAGCAGAAUAGUGAGCGCCUGUCCACUGAAACUACCACGGCUGACUCUUGUGAACCGCAAUGUCUUCCAGUGGACUCAGACAUGAAUACUCCCGAGUCUUCCUCCUUCUCUCCUCCACAAAUCCUUCGACGAGAUAUUGGUAUGUCUUCGGACAUAUCCAAUCCCGAAAAGACAUCCUCGGAGCCCUCUAAGAAGAGGAGGAAGAAGAACCAAGCCGUGAACAAGCAAAUCAUGCGAAGUCACUCUACCCAGCAGCAGUCGACUGCACCCAAGCUAAACAAGCCAUCGACCAAUCAGUCAGCCGUGAAGGCUCCGUCGGCACACAAAUCACCAUCGUCCCAUCCGAGUGGAUCCACGACUUUGGAACCCCAUCAACACCUUCCCCCCAACGCCUACUUCGAGCCGAUCUCAGUAGAUGAGAAGUACGCGUGGCGUUGUCGUUGCAAACAUGCAAUGGGCCACUACUACAACUCCGGGAGCCGCAAGAACUGUCGAGGCUGCAACACCUCGCUCAGUGACAAUCACGCUGUUGAGAUGGACUUUUACAUGCCACUGAGGUCCUUUUACCACCAACCCGCACCAGACAUGCGUUGGAAGCCUAGCAAGCAGGCUGCUCGACUUCGCAAAUCAGACCGACCUUGUCACAACGCUGUGGCGAAGGACGCAUAUUGGGAGGCCGUAAGUACUGGUGCGACUGAAGAAGAGGCUCGGCAGGUUGCUGUCGACGCAGUGGUUCGUUACCUGCGACCAAAGCCACCGCCGAAAGCGCCGACGCCUGAGACGACACCAGAGCCAGAACCAGAGCCCGAUCUUGGUCCCCAUCCUAGUGGCUCGACUACUAUGGAACACGGUCAGGAGAUUCCCGACGGCUAUUACUGGAAGAAGCAGAAAGCAGACGAGCAAGUUGCCUGGCGAUGCGACGUCAACCACGGUCUCGGACGGUACUACCUAGCGGGCGACAAGAAGACCUGUCCAGGAUGUGGAGCUGGCCGGACUAGUCUAGGCAAAAGCGAAGAUAUGGACUUCUAUCUCCCGUCCGGUGUCGUCGUCCGCCAAGAAGCACCAGGCCUCUCCAUAUGGAGACCUAGGAAGCCAUACAAGAUAGGCAAACCCGCUGCUACGAAGCGGGAACCGGUUAGUCACAACCAAAUGUGUGCGAAGGUGUAUUUUGGACUGCUCGCCGAGGGAAAUGAAGCAGAAGAGGCUCUAAGGCUUGCAAUAGAGAGAGUGGAUAGUGAGCUGGACAAGAAACAAGAAGCUAAGAUGAAACGACAGGAAGCGAGAGAGGAGGUUGGAGACGAAGAUGCGGUUGAGGGUGCUAGCUCUUCUGUUAGUGUCGAGAGGAGGGACUCCGCUGCUACGAGUCGCAACUCGAGAGGAGGCUGUACCAUGUCCCUCGUCCCGAAGAAGCGUACCAUGGAUGACGUCAUUGAAGAGAGUUUGGGUGAGCUUGUGGGUGAUCUUGAAGAUGGGGAUGUGGGAAGUGAAGGGGAGUCUGGGGAUAGUGUUGCGAUGUCGUCUUCUGAUGAGGAAGAUAGCUCUGCCUCGGACUCGGAAUGA